UAUUACACAGUCUAUCAACAUGGUAUACACAUGUCUUAUCCACAAACAAUUUACUAACUGUGUAUAUACCACUUUAGGUAAUUGACGCCUCGUGUAAUAUAUAAUAAAAUGACAUUGUUGGAGACUCAAGGAGUGUAAACGAAAUCCUGAUUACACGAGGAGGGGCGAACUGGAAAAAACAGUGCAAAUGUUAGACAUGCUAAGCAUCGUUGUACAGUUGAAUUAAUCGAUUCAAUAUUAAGAUGCCAUUUGAAGAAUUCAUCAAGGGAGCAAGUGAUGUCUGUUAUCGACCUUUCUCUUGGUCUUUCACGUCGAGUGAUUCUGAUGCAGAGGAUUUUGUAGAUCAAGACAGUCUUACCAAAAAAGAAUAUUCUCGAAUGCUGACUUAUUUAGGGGAAGUGAAGAAGGAAACAUCCCAGAAAGUAUUUCUGAAUAACCCGCCGAAACAAUUUAAAGACAUUUUUCACGAUUUGAGAAAAAUUCAACGUGGCAUCCAAGUGUCACAGACUAUUGACUUCAGUCAAUUUUAUCGCCAUUCAAGGUUGACUUAUGAAUUCCUUCUCACGGACUUUGGAUCGGAGAAUCGUGUAAAAGCAACCAGAACAUUUUAUAAAGUCUUAGAUGAUUCUACUAAAAUUUCGCCUGUGUAUACAAAUAUUAGCAGUGGUAGUAAAGGUGAGGGUGUAAAUGUUCCUGGCGGGGACUAUGACUUAAUGACAAUUCUGGAGCAAAUACAAGUAAAAAACGAUGGUUCUAAUAUUGAGGAAGACCGUCCCAUCCUAUUGUUUGAUAAUCGUCAUUCAUAUCCCGGUUUUUCACAUCUAAAAAUUGGGCCAAACCGAUUUUCGAAGGAAUUAUUUACUUCUUGGGGAGAAAAUACAUUUAAUGGACCUCUUAUUUCAAAAAAUAGAUUUAAGAAUUAUUUUCUGUCGCGAUAUCGUGAUAGUGACUGUAUGAUUCAUGGUCCAUGUAUUUCCGACUCGUUUGGAUAUGUUGACCAUCUAUUUUGCUUCAGAGCUAUGUUAUGGCCCGAUGUUGCAGAGUCGUGGUUAACAAGAAGUAGAUCAUCAAUAUGGCCACCAAAUGAUGUUAUACUGAAUUCUGUCAGUCAUGGAAUCUUGCUAGUACCGAUUGGCAGCAAAUUUGGCUCAACUGAAGAUUGUUCUUUCGAAUGGCGAAUAUCAUUCUCCUUACAAGAAAGAGAUCUGAUUCAUUCAUUCAACUACAUACAGGUAUUGUGCUACACAAUAUUUAAAUACUUGAAAAAAGAUCUUCUGGAUGAAUCACGAUUAUGCUCUUACUUUAUCAAGACAACUAUAUUUUGGUUAAGUGAAGAGAUCGAUAACAAUAAGUGGAUACCAGAAAAUUUCAUACAGUGCAUUCAUGAAAUACAGCGUCGUCUAAUGUAUUGGUUUAGGUACGGAUAUUGUCCUCAUUACUUUAUAGCAGAAAACAAUCUAUUCGAGGGACUGCUUCCUGUAGAAAGAAAAGUCAUAGAAAUUGCAUUGCAUAACCUAUUUCCAUUGCUAUUUCAAAGUAUUUUCUACCAAAAAUCUAAUUUACACUUCACAACUUUUAACGAUUUUAAAGAAAUAAACACUCCGUUUAUUGAGAAAAGUAAAUCUAUUUUCAUAUUACUUAAAAUAAUGCGAACGAGUUUGUCUAGGUGCACUUUGAAUCAGAGUAGAAGUAUAGUGUACAAAGCUUUAUUCAGACUUUUACAUAAUAAACUUCCUUAUUUUACUAAAGGUUUGUAUAUGCUUUUAUUUUGCUAUGCAAAUCAAGUUUUUCCACAAAAUCAACCCAUGGUAUUUCAUAAAGAAAACAAAAGGAUGUACUCGAGUUACAGGCAGUGUAUGGCUCAUUUUCUUAUUGGAACCAAAGUCGACGCCAUGAACGGCUGGUUAUUACUAGCUUCAUAUUUUUACAAAAUGGGCAAGCCUUUAUACACCCUCAAGAUUACAGAGAUGAUUCUUGCAAAAUCGAGAGAAGAUAAAAUGUUAAUUUCUGAUGGUUAUCAUGAGGACGUUAUGUUAACACAUUUAGAACAAGUGGCUGCCACCAAAUGGAAGCAUAAGUUGUCAUUCUUGAACUGUUUGAAAAGUUAUUGUGUAGACAUGCUUUAUGUUAUACCAAGGUCAACACUGAAUCUUGAAGAACUAUUACCAGAUGUUAAUGUUAAUGUUAAAACUAUUCCACCAGUUGUAUAUGCACAUGUUUUACGUUUUGUGUGUUAUAAUGCUAAUGGCAACAAUUCUCGAAAGGAAAGAGAAAUAUGCGACAUAAUUAAAACAUGCCGCAAUAAUUGUUUUCUAGGAGAUUGGAGGGGGAGGGCUACUGUAUAUGCAGUACUAGCCAAGAUUUAUAAAACAUUGAACGAUGAUGCAGCUGCGGAUUAUUGGAAAUCGCAUUUAUUCAGAUACAAUAAGAAUCACCCUAAAAUAUAGACAGCAAGCCCUAGGAAACGUCCGCCAUUCUGAAUUCCAAUUUUUGGAAAUUUAUAUGUUUUCGAUUCAUACUUUCCGUUUGAGACGGAAUUUGUGGUCUGUCUUUCUAUUUCUCAAUAAUAUGAUAGAAAAUGUAAUUCAAAUAAGCCGUCCUAAAAUAAAUAAGUUGCAAUUAAUAUAAUCAAAUAAACAGUUUUAUGCGAAA